AUGGCAGGAAUACGAAGAGUUAAACUGGGUCAACAGGGUCUAGAGGUAUCAGCUCAAGGUUUGGGUUGCAUGGGCAUGUCCUAUUUCUAUGGGGCCCCAAAACCUGAACCUGACAUGAUCAAGGUAAUCCAUCACGCCAUUAACGCCGGCAUUACCUUUCUUGACACCUCCGACAUGUACGGACCUCAGACCAACGAAAUCCUUAUCGGCAAGGCUUUGAAGGGAGGAAUGAGGGAGAAAGUGGAAAUGGCGACCAAAUUCGGAGUCAAAUACGAUACUGAUGCAAUGGAGGUCUGUGGAGAUCCGGCUUAUGUAAAGUAUGCUUGUGAAGCUAGCUUGAAGAGACUCGGCAUCGAUUGUAUUGAUCUUUAUUAUCAACACAGGAUUGACAGUCGUGUGCCUAUCGAAAUCACGAUGGGAGCAGUAAAGGAGCUGGUGGAAGAAGGAAAGGUUAAAUACGUUGGAUUAUCCGAGGCUUCGGCAUCAACCAUCAGAAGAGCUCAUGCUGUGCACCCAUUAACAGCCGUACAACUAGAAUGGUCCUUGUGGUCAAGAGACGUUGAAGAAGAAAUCAUUCCUACUUGCAGAGAACUUGGAAUCGGAAUUGUUGCAUACAGUCCUCUAGGACGAGGGUUCUUCUCAUCUGGUCCUAAGGUGCUCGAGAAUUUGGAAGAUGGUGACCUCCGCAAGUAUCUGCCGAGGUUCCAAGGUGAAAAUCUUGAACACAACACCAAAAUGUUCGAGAGGGUGAAUGAGAUGGCGGCAAAGAAGGGGUGUACCCCAUCACAGCUAUCAUUGGCUUGGGUUCACCACCAGGGAAAUGAUGUGGUGCCAAUUCCAGGAACCACAAAGAUAGAGAAUCUUGAACAGAACAUUGGAGCUUUAUCUGUGAAGCUAACACCAGAAGACAUGGCUGAACUCGAAGCCAUUGCUGCUGCUGAUUCAGUCAAGGGUGGUCGAUAUGGUGAUGGUAUUUCAACAUUUAAGGAUACCGAGACUCCUCCAUUGUCAUCUUGGAAAGCUUGAUUAAUGUUGCGUACUGCUAUACAAGCAUCAACACUGCUGAGUCCUUUUGUUUCGUGUGUACUUGCUUUUGUCUAAGAACCCUGAUU